UGCGCCUGAAUCGCGCUCGUUAAAGCAGGCUGUGCGCGCGUUUGAGAUGCGCUUUAACGCCUCAUCGGACUCGUGUUCGGAAAAUGUGCUGAUUGAGUCGUCAGAGCCCCGGGACGCGAUGUGGGGUCCGGUAACGGGCGCCGCGGUGUCCGGUGCGAGUCUCGCGCUCCUCGCAGCCGCGCUGCUUUACGCGAGUCACCGGAAACGGCUGUUCAGCAUCGCUGCACCGGUGUGUGAAGGUCUGCGGAGGCAUCUAGAGGAGUGUGAGGAGGAGAGCGACUGUGACAGCAGGAGAACACAAGAGGAGGCAGAACCUGCUGCAGGAGCCGAGCGGCGUCAGUCGGCGGUGAACAGCGACGUGGCGGCGUUUGCGCUGAAGGCGAGGGUGGUGUAUCCCAUCAGCCAGAGAUACAGACCGCUAGCAGACGGAGCCUCCAACCCUUCCCUGCACGAGCCGCCCAAGCGCCAGGCCCCGCCCAGCCAGGACUCCGCCUCCUCGCUGGGUGAUGAUUGGCUGAGCCAAAAGAGGGACGAUGAUGAUGAAAGCAGUCAGUUCGUCUCCUGCGGCCCCUCGUCUAAAACACACGCCAGUCACGUGUUCAGGAGAGUCCGGCACUACCCACAAACCCUGUGUCUCUCACGGGUGAGUUUGCUGUGUUUGACUCUACAGGAACUACAGCUGCACACGUCACAACUACAGCAGCAGAAGUACAGGAUGUUCCUGCAGGUUCUGCGAGUGUUGUUGGGCCACAGAGAGCAUGCAGACGUGAUUCACCAGCAGCAGCAGCAGGAGGUGGAGCUGCUGAUGAGGGGCGUGUCUGUGGAUGAGGGGGCGGAGACUGACACGGUCAUGUGCUCUAUAGAGGAGGUGGAGAAAACAGGACGGGAGCAGCUGGAGCGCUCACUGCAGAUGGCUGUGAGUUUUGCGAAGCAGCUGGAGCAGCUCGGGCAGACUCUUCACCUCACGUUUUCCAGUGACGUCUCAGAGGAAGUGAUGCGUAGCGUGAUCGGGUGCCUGCGACCGAUGGAGGACAUUGUGGCUGAGGUUCAGGCAUCCGUUCUGAAGAUGCUGUUGGACCGGUUUGAGUGCUGGCAGGAAGUGUCCGAUGGCCUGAGAGAGAAGACUGUGCUCCAGAAACGGGAGGCGGAGCUUAUGCUGAAAGUCACUGGCCAAUCAGUGCAGGAGCUGAGAGAUGAUGGACGGCUGGAGAAACAGACUCUCAGUGACGUGGAGACUGCAGUUAAUGAAGCACUGGAGCAGAGCGCUGACGAGAUCAGACGUCAGACUGAAGAGCUCGCCCUGGAUCGCUGUCAGAAGGCCUGUGUGAAGAGGAGGAGGAUGAUGAAGGCUCAGAGCUCUGAGUGGAGUCCUGUGUCAGACACGCAGACGGACGCUCGUCUCACGAUGAAGGUGUUUGCGGAGCUGCAGGUGAGACACUGGCAUCAGAAGCGAGACUUUGAGCUGCAGCAGGACACAAGAAUCAGUGACGCUCUGUGUGAACGCUGGACGAGCUUGUGUAGUAAGUGCAGCAGACGCGUCGCUGAUUUGUGCUCAGAGUUCGUCCUGAGCAGCGUCACUGCAGGCUCCGCCCCCUCCACAGACCAUGGCCAAUCAGUGCUGCAGAGCAUGAAGCUCACCGUGACCAAUCAGAUGCAGCGAGAGGAAAGACACGCCCACACACACCUGCGCACGCUCAGAGAGCAGCUGCAGCGACGCAGACAGGUGUGGCUGGAGGACGAGGCUUUGACUCGCGCAUGUCUGGAUCACUUUGGAGAACAGCAGCGCGAGGUCGUCACGGCGACGGUUUCCAGGUGUUCAGAUAUGCAGAUGAGUUGUGCUCUAAUUGAAGAGCAGCAGCAUCUUUUGAUUCUGGAGUUUCAGAGAAUUUUAGCAGCUCGAUGUUUUUACCUGCGAUCUGUGAGAGAGAUGAAGCUGAAUCAGCUGACGGAUGCACAGGACUCUUGUGUUGCCAUGGAAACGGUCUCGUCUGACGCGACUGUGAUUGGUCAGAAUCUCCUGCACGAGCAGCUGUCGGAGCUGGAAGCCGCUGCUGAUGUGCUGCAGGGACACGCCCACUUCCUGAUUGGCCACGCCCUCGCCCGUGCGGCGCGCCUGCAGAUGGGCGGAGCUUCUGCUAGAGACAGACGGGUGAAGGAGCGGCUGAUCGACGCCGUGUGUGAAAGCGUCUAUGUGACACGUGAUUCUGUUUCGUCUCUCGUCCGGGAAUAUUACUCUGGGAUCCGGAACACGAGCCUCACGCCACACAGCAGCGCCGCUGAGGAUACAGACCCACAGACAGAGAGGACCGUCUGUACUGGAGCUCUACAAACACAACUCACCAACUGGGCCAGAAAACCCACAUCUGCUGAGUUACAUCACAGGACUGUUGAGCUGAAGAGGACGUGUGUGACGGAGUUUAAAAUGGAUCAUCACAGUCCAACGCAAACAAACACCUACAGACAGAUCAGAGAUGAAGAGGAGGCUUUCAUGUGUCGUCUGGCGUCUCUAGCACGAGUGUCUCUCAGCAGUAUGAACACAGAUGAUGUUACAGAAAGCGGCUGAAGACCUGCUGCUGGAUCAUCUUCUCAUCAGACCAGCAGGAAUGAAGGCAUCUUCUCAUGUUUCUGAGGAUCACGCGCUUGUUUUCUGUACUUCUGCUUCACUUUGUCCCAUUAAGAGCAAAGAUUGCUAAAAAUCUCCAAAAUAUCUCAAUCGUUAAAGAGAAUGAUUGUUUGUUGGUGUCAGAUUCUCAAUUAAAAUCUGUUUAUUACAGCCUUUUAUGAGGAUCUUUAUACCUGUGGUUUAAAAUGGAUCACUGUGACUGGGCUUUUCUCUUUGUCUUUAUAAUAAAGCUGUUUAUGUAGUUGAGCAGUUUUCAUGUUUGAAACUAAAUGUGUCGAAGUGUGAGAUAAUGAAUAUCGCUGAUGAUUCCUUACAAUGCCCGGGUUCACAAAGAUAGCAGCGAGACUGCAGCUUAUUUUAAUCAAAUAAAACACUUUUAACAUUUCUAAGUGACCACAAAAAUA